UGACGUUAUUUUCUUUUGGUCGCGGCCACAGAGGAUUAAACAGUUAGGUUGCCCCAAGUUACGCUAGCCUUGGACCUGGCCGGGCGGAUUUAAUCAAAGCACUUUACUGUUAGGAUACCAAAGUAAGAUUCCAUGAGGAAUUAUUCGCAUAGCAAGUUCUGUAAAACACAACUAAGCCAUAAGAAUAGUGCAACCCCUAAAAAGCACGAGAAAGAAAAACUUCUCAGAGAAACAGAAGUCCUAUCCUGACGCGUGGAUUUGGAUAAUCUUCUAGACUUAGUGAUGACCAAGUGACCACAAAUCCACCAUGCCCGUCACCACGCUGUCGUUCUUCCGUAAGCGACAGACGCUUGAACACCUGGAGAGAGAGCGUCCAAAGUCACUCGCUGCCGUUAGACAGGCGUUACAUCAGGCCACCGAUGCCGUAGAGUUUGAACUCGACCAGGUUGAACGCAUUUUCUAUGGCAACGCUCACCCGGAGAAGGAAAUACGAAAAUGGGUUCCGGUCAUAUUUAACGUGAUGAAGACGACGGACAUGACUGAGAUCAAGCUCAUGUUGCAGUUUUCGCAAAUGUUAGAAAAAGCAAAGGAACCGAGUCGAAAGUUUCAGUUGGAGCCAAACAGUAUCGAAAUACUUAAUGAGUGCAUCACCAAAAUACGCACAUCCACCCCAGAUAUGUUUUACAACGUAAUGGCAGCCAUUCAGAGAAUUCACACGUAUUUGCAUAAGUACUGUUUGAGUUUUUGUUCGUUGAAACGGAACGACCCCUAUUUGGAGACGGCACAACACUAUGAACUGAACAGACGAGAGCUGUCUGAAACAAUUUCGACCAUGACGGCUGGCGUCGUCGAGUUGAUGACAAAUUUCAAAACAACCGGUUUAGACAUGGCGUCGUUUUCAUUGAACACAAAAGAAAUGGCCAGAAGGUGUGACUGUGCGACGAUACCUUUUGUUCUAUUGUUCCCAGAAUCUUGUGAAAAAAUCCGUGUCGCUUGCAAAGCCAUCAGACGAUGGCUUGAAGCGGACGAACAGUACCCAUCGUUUAUAAAAAACGACGUCAACGACUUGGAGAAGAAGCAGACGUUUCACUCUCGUCUCGUGCGCGAGAGUCAGGAGAAGAUUUUCCAGCUGGAAUAUCGGCUGCGGCAUAUAAAAAAAGAACUUUGCGAAACGGAGGGAGAAUUAGAUAAACUGAUGAAACGGAACGCAUCUCUACAGGAUCACGAGGCCCAGGUUUUGGCGGAGUACAGCAGCAUGAAACUCGAGAUGGAAAUCAAGGAUGUCAGAAGGGCGGAGCUACGGAGCAGAGCAUCGCACAUGCGCCCCGCAGACUACAACGAGGCCAAUGAUCGGCUUAUCAAUGAAACUAACGCCUUGAAAGAGCGCAUGAACGCCACCUACAAGGCAGUUGAGAAUAUCCAGUUGAAAAUGAAAUGGAUUGAAGAGAGGAAAGAGAAAGUACAAGCGGUGAAGGAGAGGAUGGGGUGCGUCAAAGCGGACCUGAAGCACUUACGUUCCGAAAACAGAAAAUUUGAAAUGGAGCUCGAGCGACUCAACGAUUGCCUCUCCUACCUCAAGCGGGUACAUCUACUCAAGACCAGUCCCGAUGUCCUCAAGAAAAUAUUCCAUAACCUGCCUUUGAUUAGCAAUUCAGAGCAAUUUGCCAAACAAAAAACAGACGUUCUCGAGCGCGCCUCCCGCGUCACCUCGCGCCUCAUAGACCAAGACUGGAAGAAACUCUAUCGGGCUUUACCCUUCGUCCCGCACCGCGGCGAGGAGAUGCUCCACAACGACAUAGACCAGAUCGACAAGUCCUUCGUCCGAGGGAACAACCAGGAGCUCGCGCUGGAGUGCCUGCGGCGGUGGCGAAGAGUCCACAAUCGGUCGAAUUUAGAGGACUUAAAGCAGGCCCUGCAUCUCGUUGGUAGGCCGGACGUGCUGUGGACACUUGAAGAGGCAUUGAAGCCGAAGCCGAAGCCAAAACCUCCAAUACCGAGAUCACAAAGACGACCAAUGCUGAUGAAGGUCUUUGCAUUCUAAGAUCAUGAAAAUAAGACCUUUUUUUUAAACGUGAUGAACAACACUGUUAGGUCUUGUUUUUUCUGCCUGACACAACACUUUACCGUUAAGGGGAACUACAGGCAAGAGCUAGGGGACGAUUAUUAAGUGGUAGUACCUUUCUCGUACCUUUCUGGUUGCUUGGGUGGACUGCAGCGCAGGGAGUGGCGGGGAAUACCUACCAUACUGAGGUAACAAGCGAGCGACAACAGGACAUUA